AUGUUCGAGGGCAAAGUUUACUGCAUCUCCGGGGCCGCGUCGGGAAUCGGUCGCGCCACCGCAAUUCGGCUGGCCUCGAAGCGAGUCUCGGGCCUUGCUCUCAGUGAUUUGGACAUUCGUGGUCUCGAGUCUACCGCUGAAGAAUGCAAGCGGCUGGGGCUCGAAAACACGACCGUCACACGACUCAACGUCAGCAUCCGAGCCGAUGUAGAGGCAUGGGUCCUGGCAGCGCAUCGCACCUUUGGUAGGCUUGAUGGCGCUGCCAACGUGGCUGGAGUAGCCGGUGGGACGGGAGAGCAGACCAUUGAGACGAUCGACCAGCAUGACUGGGACAAGAUCCUGAGCGUCAACCUCAACGGCAUCCUUCACUGCAUGCGAGCCCAGCUGCCGCUGCUCAACCGACCUGGAGGCUCCAUCGUCAACGUCGCAAGCACGUCUGGUAGGCGUGGCUUGCCUCACAACGCCGCAUAUUCCAGCAGCAAGUUUGCCGUAAUCGGACUUUCAGAGUCAGCAGCAGGCGAGUACGCCAAGCAAGGCAUCCGGGUCAACUCUCUUCUGCCGGGACCGAUUGAUACAAAGAUCUUCCGCGAUGGAGAAUCUGCAGGCCUGUUCGACUCGGUGAGUAUUUCCAAAGAUACACUUCUUGGGAGGAUGGGCACGGCCGAGGAAGUGGCAAACGUUCUGUGCUUUCUCCUGAGUGACGAGGCUUCCUACGUGACAGGAGGUGAGUGUUACAUUGAUCAUCUGUGUCAGAACGAAGCUAAAAUUGAGGGCUUUACAGCGCAUUGGAACGUGGAUGGAGGAUAUCUAGCAUGCUGA